ACCUCCUCUGCGUUUUUUGGAUUAAACCCAAAGUCGUGUACGUUUCUAUCUAUUAUUAUCUGCUGAGGCGCGUCCACGGAGGAUUGGAUAUGCAUUACACAGCAGCAGCCAAAGCUCUCCUCUUACUCUCCCACUAAUAAAAAGCUUCGAAUCUACACACAAAAAAGAAGCAUAAGACGGAUCAAGUAGAAAGAAUGCUGCGAAUUUGGACAAGGAGAUUAGCUUCAGAAUGCUCCAUUUCACGGCGGAUAUACCCGGGUAGUUUCAUUUCGACCCGAAAUAGCUCCAUGGGAAUCCUACCCGACACUCUCGACCGUAGCUCCGAGUCGUAUUCUCGCAACUCUAGAGUCAUGGAUGGACUUGUUUCCCAGCUUCAUUCUCACAUUCGAAAGGUUAUGGAAGGAGGAGGGGCAGAAGCAGUGAAGAGACAUAGGAGUAGGGAUAAGCUUCUCCCUAGAGAGAGGAUUGAACGGCUUAUUGACCCUGGCUCUUCUUUCCUUGAGCUUUCUCAGCUUGCGGGUCAUGAAUUGUACCAAGAAUCAUUACCUUCUGGUGGGAUAAUUAUUGGAAUUGGAACAAUACAUGGGAGACUGUGUAUGUUGGUGGCAAAUGAUCCUACUGUCAAAGGUGGAAGUUACUUUCCAAUAACUGUCAAGAAACAUCUCAGGGCACAAGAGAUUGCUGCUCAAUGCAACCUACCGUGUAUAUAUCUUGUUGAUAGUGGUGGAGCUUUCCUUCCAAAGCAAGCCGAGGUUUUUCCGGACAAAGAAAAUUUUGGGAGAGUAUUUUACAAUCAAGCUGUGAUGUCUUCAGAAGGUAUUCCUCAAAUCGCACUGGUGCUAGGUUCUUGUACUGCCGGAGGAGCUUACAUUCCUGCAAUGGCUGAUGAGAGCGUAAUGGUCAAAGGGAAUGGUACGAUAUUUUUGGCUGGACCUCCUCUUGUAAAGGCAGCAACUGGUGAGGAAGUUUCUGCAGAAGACCUUGGAGGUGCAACUGUGCAUUGUAAGACAUCAGGGGUUUCAGACUACUUUGCCCAUGAUGAACUGCAUGCGCUUGCUAUAGGAAGGAAUAUUGUUAAGAACUUGCACAUGGCUGGUGGUCCAGAAGCAUCUGGACAAACUAGAGCUGAUUAUAAAGAACCAUUAUAUGAUGUGAAAGAACUUCGCACCAUUGCACCAACAGACCUCAAACAGCCCUUUGAUGUUAGAUCAAUUAUUGCUCGCAUUGUUGAUGGAAGUGAAUUUGAUGAAUUCAAGAAACUGUAUGGCACUACACUUGUGACUGGCUUUGGAAGAAUUUGUGGACAGCCAGUAGGGAUCCUUGGAAACAAUGGGAUACUGUUUAAUGAAUCUGCUCAGAAAGGGGCACACUUUAUUGAAUUAUGUGCUCAACGUAACAUUCCUCUGAUCUUUCUUCAGAAUAUUACUGGAUUUAUGGUUGGGUCCAAAUCUGAGGCAAGUGGUAUUGCCAAAGCUGGAGCUAAAAUGGUGAUGGCAGUCUCUUGUGCGAAGGUUCCCAAGAUCACGGUAGUUAUCGGUGGAAGCUUUGGAGCUGGCAACUAUGCAAUGUGCGGACGUGCAUAUAGUCCCAAUUUCAUGUUCUUCUGGCCAAAUGCUCGAAUAUCUGUAAUGGGAGGUCCACAGGCUGCUGGAGUCCUUGCUCAAGUAGAAAAGGCCACCAAGAAAAAGAAGGGAAUUCAGUGGGCAAAGGAAGAGGAGGAAAAGUUCAAGGCAGAAGUUGUAGAGGCGUAUGACAGAGAGGGCAGCCCAUAUUAUGCCACAGCAAGGCUUUGGGACGAUGGCAUAAUCGAUCCAGCAGACACGAGAAAAAUAUUGAGCCUGUGCAUCUCUGCUUCCUUGAAUCGUGGACCAGAAACUACGAAAUUUGGUGUCUUCAGAAUGUGACAUGCGAGCUCUAGCUGAAGAAUGAAGUUGCUGUCCGAGACUUGUUGCUUUGUCUCCAACAGCAGAAACACUAUCUGCAUAAUCAGCUAGGUUACAAGAAGUUCUAAGUCGUGAAAGCAGACUUAUAUUGGUUCCAUGCCAAGGAUGAGAAACUCCAUGAUUUACAUAAAAAGAAGUUAUAUAUAGGUAGCACUUUAGGUUGAGCGUGCAGUCGUAGUCUGAUGAAGCUAUGUUUCUUUGUUAUUAUUCUUGGUUCUAGGAGCUAAUAACUGUGGGUCUGUGACUGCUGCUAAUGUUAUUGACUGCAUAAAGUGUAAAUGAGAAACGCUUGAUACUAAAGUGCCUACAAGAAACAUGGAGCGAAGAUAAGCUUAAUCCCUUCAA